UGACUGAUUUUGAUGGCCUUGAGAGCAAUUUUCUUCGUUUUUCUUGAUGUUUUUUUGGCCCCAAACUUGAUAGAUCUUUAAGUAGAUUAUUCGAUUUACGGAUUGAAAUAAGCAAAAUAUUUAGUUUUUUUUUUUUUUUUUUUUUAAAUCCGAUUAUUUGAGCGUGGACCUGCAGUUCGCCAAGGUUGGUCAACGAAACAGAUUAGUUUACCAUCUGUGGUGAAUUUAGUUUGGAAAUGGAAACUAGUGAAAGAGAAGAGCUAGCUAGCCUCUUAACGGUUCUUCCCCCUGUGGAUUUCUGUUGUGUUUACGGUUCAACGCUGCACCCAAAUAACCAAGAUAAGGUAUUUUUAUUUCAUAUCCUGUGAGCAUUUCCACUUUCUGAUUGAUUGACAUGCAGUCUAAAAUGGUGGACUACAUCCUUGGCGUUUCUGAUCCCAUGCAAUGGCACUCUCAGGUGAAAUCUGAAAAUGAAUUCAGAUCACUAUGCUUCAUGGAUGGUUCACCUUGGUGGAGCUAGGCUGAUUACGCAAGUUGCAGAUAAAGUAGGUGUUGGAGUUCACUUCAACCCUUUUGUCAGUUGGAACGACAGGAAGCUCAAGUAUGGGGUUGUUCGGAUGAAUGACCUGGUACAGGACAUACUGGACUGGAACAGAUUCUACUUGAGUGGCCGUUUACAAAAACCCGUUCAUUUGCUUGUUGAUAAUCUGGACAUACAAGAAGACGUGAACUCUGUUAAUAAGAGAGCCGCAGUAUCUGCAGCCCUUCUUCUCUUGCCUUCAAAAUUCACCGAGGAAGAUCUAUACGCCAAAAUAUGCAGCCUUUCUUACAUGGGAGACUUGCGAAUGCUUUUUGCAGAGGACACUAAUAAAGUGAACAAGAUUGUAAAGGGGCAGUUUGAUCUUUUCCAGUCAAUGUAUAAGCCUUUGCUUGAAGAGUGCGAGACCAAAAACUUACUGAGAUUCUCAUCUGCUGAAACUAAUUUAGUUCAGGACUCUAGCCUUUCAUCAUCACGCUCACUGGUCUCUUCUCUUCCUGCAUCAGUAAGAAGCCAAAUGAGGAAGUUACUUGGGGAAAAGAAAAUCUUGAGUGAGACCGGUAGAGUUUCAAGGGAAGUUUGUAUAGGUUCAAGAGAAGAAGCUGCGAAAUGUAUGGAGAAGGUAAUGAAGCGAAGGGUAAUGGUUUCAAGCGCAAGACAGGCUGUGUCUGGCUUCUUGGCUGCUGGUGCUAUUAAUGCAACUGUGUAUCUUUCACAGAAAAUGCGCAAAGCUUGGAAUUCUCGGUCAUGAAAGAGUUUUAGAUCAACUUUUAGUUGAAGAAAGUAGAUCUUGCCACUAUUAGUUGAUCAUUCUUUCUUCUUUCUUUCUUUCUUUUUCUAAGUACCAACUCUUCUUUUUGUGUUGAUGGUUAUGUCUUCUGAUGUCAUAGAUGAGAGAAAUAUAGAAGCAAACACAUCUAUCAUUUUAUCAUUUUUAUGUUCUUA